GGCCAUGGUCAAGUUGCGGUGGAAAAAAAAAAAAAAAAAAAAUUGCGACUCGAAGGUGUUCUUCUUACGCUACUUCGUAGAACGCAUCGAAAGGCUGCAACUUCGGAUUCGACAAAGUAAGACUCCUUUUCUUUUAGAUAAAGAUUUCUGUAGGGGUGAAAAGAGAGCAAUGAAAGGUAUAGCGUUUUCACAGUCAAACAGCUGCUACUACCCAAAAACCCAAACCAAUCCACCAAAGAAAACCAUUAGCAUAAUAAACCCAGUACUUCAAUUCAACAACAACAACGACCAAAACCCAUCGAAUGGAAGACACCCACUUCCUUGUUUUGCCAUAACUCAAUCCAGAACUUCAACCCCACCAACCCCAAUUUCAAGCACAACCCAACCUCUUGUAGUGGUUGGAUCAGCCAAUGCAGACAUCUAUGUGGAGAUUGAUAGGUUGCCCAAUGAAGGGGAGACCAUUUCAGCCAAAACAGGGCAGACCUUGGCUGGUGGGAAGGGUGCCAAUCAGGCUGUCUGUGGUGGUAAGCUUUCUUACCCAACUUACUUUGUGGGUCAGGUGGGGGAGGAUGCCCAUGGGAAGUUGAUCACUGAGGCUCUACAGAAUGGUAGGGUCCAUCUUGAUCAUUUGAGUACUGUGAGUGCUGUACCUACUGGGCAUGCUGUGGUGAUGCUCCAAUCUGAUGGGCAGAAUUCUAUUAUCAUUGUUGGUGGUGCCAACAUGUCUGGUUGGGCUGAGACUCUUCCUGAUGAGGAUUUGGAGGUUGUCAGGAAUGCUGGGAUUGUUUUGCUUCAGAGGGAGAUUCCAGAUUCUGUCAACAUUCAAGUUGCAAAGGCUGCCAGAAGUGCAGGUGUACCAGUCAUUUUGGAUGCUGGAGGAGUUGAUGCACCAAUCCCACAGGAACUUUUGAACUUUGUUGACAUUUUGAGCCCAAAUGAAUCUGAACUUGCUCGUUUGACAGGAAUGCCGACUGAAAGUUUUGAGCAAAUUAGUCAAGCUGUUGCAAAAUGCCAUGAAAUGGGUGUUAAGCAAAUCCUGGUGAAACUCGGAGCCAAAGGAUCUGCUUUAUUUGUAGAAGGGGAAGAACCAAUUAAACAGCCAAUCAUAUCUGUUGAGAAAGUCCUUGACACUACAGGAGCUGGUGACACUUUCACUGCAUCUUUUGCAGUGGCUCUUGUGGAGGGAAAGUCCAGAAAGGAAUGCCUGAGAUUUGCUGCUGCAGCGGCAUCCCUGUGUGUACAAGUGAAAGGAGCCAUUCCUAGCAUGCCCGACAGAAAAUCAGUUUUAAAUGUUCUUCAAUCUCUUUGAUUGUAAUUUUGUAUCCAAGGUAGGUGGUUGAUGUUCUGUACAUGGAUUUUUCGUCCACUUGAUUUUAGGCUAGAAGGGGUUAAAAAAAAAAAAAAAAAAAAAAUGUAAGGUGAACCUAAGAUGUCUCAGCAAGGUUGUAGACCUUUUGCCCCAGUGGUGUCUUCAGAAAACUUUUUUUUGUUAUUAUUUAUUAUUAUUCUCUUUUGUGAAAGAAUAAAUAAAUAAAUUGAAUGCACUAUUUUCUGAAUGUAGAUUGUUUUCUUCAAUAAUAUUGCCUGGCAGUACAUUUUGGACAA